AGAAGUAACAGUUUGGAUACAAAACAUCAAACUAAUGAAUCAGUUGACGAAGAAGAUGACAAUGAUCGAAUUGAUACUGAAAAAUCGAAAAAGAAACUUGCUUUUAUUCGUGAUGAAAAUGGAGUUUGUAGACCAGAAUCCCUCCGCAAUGUAGAUAUGGAACAUAAAGAAAGAGAAGAAGAAGAAGACAAUAAUACAAUUCAAAAUGAUGAAUUUUACACAAAUCGUAAAACUAAAGAACUUGGCAAAGAAUUCACAUUAAAAGAUAUUUUGGGUCAUCGUGUACCAGAACUAGAAAUUGACAAUAUAAAGGAUGAUGAAGAUAUGGGACAUAAUGAAUGA